AUGAGCAACCCCGCCGCAGGUCCUAUUGGAGCGGUCCCGCCGCCUCCCGGGGAGACGCCCAACUUUACAAACCCCCGAGACGUCCUGCAUACGCUUCACAUCGCCUACAUGAUCACUGUGCAAGUUAUAAUCAUUGUGUUCUUCGUGGUUCGAGUUUACGUCAAGCUUUUGGCUGCUGGAAGGUUUCGGUUGGAAGACUGUUGGUGUCCUCGGGGCCAGUUCUUUACGGUACUCCUAAAUGGAAGUGUGUUUUUCAAGAUCCGACUCGGAGAGGGAUACCAUAUUUGGGAAAUCACUGCAGACAACUUCAUAGAACUACAAAAGUGGCUCUAUGUCAGCUCUCUUUUAUACACCCCCGCCGCCUUCUUCACCAAGGCAGCAAUUCUUCUCCUUAUAGUGCGCGUCUUCUCCGUCGACCGCGUUGUCGCCCGCACCCUUCAUGUCCUGCUAGGCUUCUUCCUCGUCUGCUACAUUCCUGCUCAGGUUGCAAAGACAGCUGUCUGUAUCCCGGUUGAAGCCUUUUGGGAUCCGACGAUACGAGAUUUCAAGUGCAUUAACCAGACCAAGCUCUUUAUAUACGACACCGCAUUGGGCAUUGUAUCAGACCUGGCCGUUCUGCUCGUGCCCACCGUCCUUACAUGGACUUUACGCAUGUCGCUUUUAAAAAAGGUCAAGAUCGUGGGCUUGCUAGGAACCGGCGGCGUCGCGGUCGGUAUCACGGCCUAUCGAAUGCAUCUCGUACUCAAGUUUGAGGAUACGGUUGACCCGACAGUGGAUUUUGUCCCGCUUGAUUGGACUGUCACCGGAGAACUUGCCAUUGGACUCGUGUGCGCUUGCUUCCCUUCUAUAAAUUACCUGCUCGAACAGCGCUCUGCAAAUAGAUCACUACCCAGCACCACGCAGACAUCCACAAGAUCCAGAUGGAGGAGUACAUCGAAAAAGUACUUUGGCACACUAUCAUCCUGCUGCUCAAGGUUGACAGGCGCAAAUAAAAGUCAGGGGGCCUGGCUACGGAGCACCACCGCCACCAAUAGGAUGUUGGAGCCGUCGGAAUCGACACGCAGGCUCGCCGACGGCACGCCGAGCGCCACACCCGAGACAGAGAGGAGCGAGCCGAGACGAGAGGAUUACGAUAUCGAGCUCGCGGUGCUUUCGCGCCGUCCAACGCACCCUUUUGAUGCACCGGGCCCUUCGAGGAACCUACUGGAUGGUGAUGCAGGUGGUGGGUGGCUUGCUCCGCUGCCGACGCUUAGGCCACUACCGGAUGUUGGGCGAGAGCAUCCAGGGUGA